GAGGGGAGCGUGCAGAAGGGAGAGUCUAUGUGUUCGCGCGCUUGUAUGAAAGUAGUACGCCUAGGAUUUUUUGGUGGGGUGGGAAGUCUCGCUACCGAGUAGGAGAAGGAGGAUGAAAGCAGCACCUUACUAAUUAUAAAAUAACAAGAAAGCGAGCGAGCGCUCUAAAUUUUUCUUGGAGCUCAGUAGAAGGGAGGAAAACGGAACUAGAAGGUGCUUUUCCAUUUUGACCAGUAGGGGCGGCAGCAGCCAGAGCCGGCCAAACUCCGUGCCUGUUUCAAGCACAGCACCCAGGCUUCCCCCUUCUUCGCCCAUCCAGCGUUACAAAGUUCUGUGUUCAGCUUUCCUCCUCCGCGAGGGCGGAGAACUGGGGAGAAAGUGCGCGUGAGUGGUAGGCAAAGAGAAUCGCCGUGUGUGCGCCUCCUUGGCGGCUGAAAAACUGCCCCUCCGCCCCAUCUUCUUAAGAGUACACACGUAGUUGUUAUUAGUCUGUCGGAGAACUGGGGAAUUCGGUCUCCCCUUCCCCACGCUUUGCCAAGUGUCCCUCUGUGCGAAGGGAUGCUUUGUCCUGCUCAGUCUGCCCCAGCAGUGCCCGUGUCUUCCUCCUGAGCAAGCAGCAUGAGCAUGGCAAACGAAACAUACCUCUUCAUAAAAGACAUAAAGCCCGGACUGAAAAAUUUAAAUGUCGUCUUUAUUGUGCUGGAGAUCGGGCGAGUCACCAAAACCAAAGACGGGCACGAGGUGAGGUCAUGCAAAGUGGCCGACAAGACCGGCAGCAUCACCAUCUCCGUCUGGGAUGAACUUGGCAGUCUCAUCCAGCCUGGUGACAUUAUUCGCUUGACCAAAGGGUAUGCAUCUCUGUGGAAAGGAUGUCUUACGCUUUACACUGGAAGGGGAGGCGAGCUUCAGAAAAUUGGGGAGUUCUGCAUGGUGUACUCCGAAGUGCCCAACUUCAGUGAGCCCAACUCGGAUCAUCAUGGGCAGCCCCCAAAAGCGGCACAGGGUGAGCAGAGUAAUAAUUCCCUUCCAUCAACUAAUUUGGGUACUUGUACUUUUGGGCCAACUGGAAACGGUUUGCCUGCAGGACCUGAGCUGAGCGGCGUGUCGACGACGUAUAAUCAUGCCCCCCCCUCCUAUGCAGGGGCUGGCAGGGUCAGUGGACGGGGACCUGCCCCUCCCUCGGGGCCGCCCAAUAAUGGCCGCCCCCCGCAAAGCACAAUAAGCAAUGGGAGGGACCCCCGCAGAGCCUCAAAAAGAUGACCAAGCCAAAUGCCGCACUGCCCACCCAAACUCUCUGCGCUACUUGAACACUUACUGCACUUUUAUUUAUGGCUAACUGUGAAAAAGGUUUGCCCUUCCUUCUUGCCCUUGACCUUCUGUUGCGUGGAGAGAAGGGCCCUGUCUCCCCCCUUGCCCCAGCUGAAAAUUACGGGAAGCUGUGGACACCGCAUUGCUCCAAGGAGAUAAGGCUUACACAUGUGGACUGGGUGUGGGGUGGGGGGUCACUGUUGGAAAUGGGGGUUCCUUGUUGAAUAUCAGAUGUUGAUUUCCAAAACAAAACUAGACUUUGGUUGGAUGCUUUUAAAAAAAAACAAAAACAAAAACGGUUUAGUUGAGUUUGAAUGAUGCAGCCUUAAGAUGCCUCCUUUCUGCUCCAGGGACUAACUCCCAUCAUGGUUAGCGGAGCUUGUGAAUGCUACUUGGUGUGAAAGCUCCACCUAACACAUCAGCUCUCCAUUAAAAUCGCCCAGCAGUGAGCGCAGACAGACUGGUCUGCGCCGGUGUACAGAAGAGCAGCCUUUUGUAGUUUGGGCUUGGGGGGCUUUUUAAGGUAGCGAUGGCUGCAUUUGAUGAGAGUGUCAAGUAUCUCCUGUUGAAACUGGUAUGCUGCUUCCCCACGAUCCAUUUUCUUUGACCAAAGUGUCCACAGUAUGCCGGGCAUCCUUCUUGGUUUUAGUCAUGUGGAAUAGAAUCUGAAAAUGCAGCCCCUGGCAUGUGGACCGUGCGCAGACAACGCUGCCGAGCUGGAUGCAGAAUCCAGCUUGGUAGCGGCACUGCUGCGAGUGCUGCCCCACCGACAGGAAGUAGUGCUAGUUGAGCAGAAGCUUGAGCUGGCUGAUGAAACGUCCUGGUGGUGGUGGUGGUGGUGGUGGAGGGGGUGCUGUCAGUGACAGCUGUUUUCCUUGAGUCCUGCCUAACCAGUGGUACAAAUCCAAGACCAGAGAGCCCAGUCCAGAAUAUGGGAGUGUUUUGUCACACGUCGGAUUCUCUUGCUCUGUCCAACGCUCUUCAAGUGUGAAGGCGGCUCUGCUUCCCCCGCCCACCAACUAAGGGAAGUCGCUCCCUCUAGUGGCCUCUGCAAGCACUAGGUUUUGGUUUUUGCUAGUGCAGCAUUGCCAGCAUUGGCAGAACUGCAUCGCUGGCUGUGGCUCUUGAUGCAUAUCCUGGCUUUUCAUGAAAGUGGCAGGCUGAAUAUCCCGUUCUUUGGAGUUCCCAGUGGCAGGAGCCCAGCUGAAGUAGCACAAGCCAGGGAGCUUCAUCACUUGACCUCUGUGGAGUGUAUAAGCUGGCCAUCAGGUGAGCCCUGCUGGUUUUUCAAGGGCCGGUGUGGCUUUCAAGCUUGUCUUGUGGGUGGCAGGGGAGGGAGGGAUUCUCUAUGCACACAGAAAGCAAGCUGGGCAGAAAUCUCGAGGGAAGCCAUUUCCCUGGAAUAUACCUUUUUCUGUUUGCAUAGAGGGUUCCUCCCACCUUCCAGUGGGUGGAGCUUUUUCUGCCUUUUGUCAGCAACCCAGGAAGUGCUUCAUGGCUUGGCUUGAUAAGAGCAUGGCCCAAACCAUCUUGAAGUAAGGAGGGACAGAAAGAGCAGUGAGAGUGUGGGAAAGAGAUCUGUGCUAACACCCCUUUUCUUGAGCAUGUCUCCAGCUGCUUUCUCAAGUGCCUAUUGAGCACAUGUAUGAUUUUGCUUCUAGAGCAAACAUCUCGAUUUCGAGAAAGGCAACAUUGGGUCUGUUACAGCACAUGAUUUUCAAGCUCUCAAGUUUGAAAAAGAAAUAUUCAGUGGUCCUAUCCCCCAUGUAAAAUGAAUGCAGUUCUUUCGUAUUAAAGUAUUCUUGGUGUCAAUUUAUAUCACGCUACCUUAGAAUUCAUUCUCGGCAAUUCGUUUUUUGGGGAUCACAUAUAGAAUCUAUCCAAAUGUUAGAUGACUGGUUUCCUUUUUAUGUAUGUUUGUUUUUGUUUGGCUUUUUGAUUAAAUUCUUGAAGCGGACCUCAUAAAUAAAAGUUGCACUAACCCUGUUAAAAAAGGAAA